CGGACUAUCAACCAACAGAUGAAAAGAGGAACUGACAAAAACUACAGAAGUUCAAAAGUCUCACUGAGGAUUUCAGCAUCCAAGAUGAACGCAAUCAGGAGCUGUCUUCUGCUCCUCCUCUUACUGAUUACAGGUUGUGAGGCCACAUAUACUGUGAGGGGAUGCACAGGGGGGUGGUUUGAAUUCACCUGCAAAAAUCCUGGAACAAAUGAAAUAUACAAGUCAAAAGAAGCCAUUAACCCAGAGAUGUGGGAAAAACCCAGCAGAGUUUCCCUUAACCAUGAUGAAAGAAAUAAAACUCUCAGGCUGACCGUCAAAAAACUUGAACAAAGAAAAGACUCUGGCUGGUACUGGUGUAAAAGGAAUUUUUCCUCUAUAGUGAAUCUAAAUUUGUCAGUUGAAAGAGACUGCCAGGGAGCAUUUAUUCAAACUGCAUACAGAACAGCUAAAACCACCAUCACAUGUGAUUACAAAAUGAAAAACAAAGACGACACCAGUGUCGUGUUUUUCUGCAAAGAGAACGGUUCGAUGUGUGACGAAGUUUUAUCAACAAAGUCGUCUCAGUCAAACGGGAUAUUCACUCUCAAAGAAACCACCAGCAACUUCAGCAUGUCCAUCAGUGAUGUGUCCUCACAGCAUGCUGGUGUCUACUGGUGUGGAGUGAAAUCAAGUGAUGGAAGUUACCGAGCCACACUCAGAAAAAUACAACUGAAGGUUAACGCCAGUAUUACUAACUUCACAAGGUCUCCAACUGUUGGAAAGGAUUUCGAAUACUGGUGUCAAUAUCACAAUAAAUCUCAGAAAAAACAAAUAUUCAUCUGUAAAGGAAAAGAUCCUUCUAUAUGUGAACCUCUAGUAAGCAUGUCAAAGCCUGACAUGAACCCUCAAAAGUUUUCCAUUAAAGAGACCAAAGAGAAGAAGAUAAACAUUAUAGUGAAAAAAGUAACAAGAGAAGAUGCUGGGACAUACUGGUGUGGAGCACAAAACAACGCCAAAAGUCGCAGCAACACCUUCUUCCACAAACUUCAGAUGACCGUAGAGCCACCAACAACGCCCACAUUUCCUGCUACUUCAACCCAGGCAACUACUGCACCCGCUGGGAGGCAAGCAGGAGGCCCUCAGAUCGUCAUUACCGGUAUUGUCUGCGUAACUGUGCUGCUGCUGCUGUUUGUGCUCAUUUUGAUCCUUAUCUUCAAACGACAUUCAAAAAACAAAAGAAAUGCAGCAGCUACAGCACAACACAUCAAAGAGGAUUACAUCUACGAGGAGAUACAGGAGCGCCCCCAGACGUCUGACCCAGGACAUGCGAUCAACUCGAUUUAUGUCACUGCCAACCUUCCCCAAAACCCCUCUGCCUCGCCGCAUUACUCUACCAUCAGCUUUCAAAACUGCUCUGGUGGCGAGGCACUGAUCACCAGACCCAGCUCUGCUGCCUGUGAAUAUUCUACUGUGACCUACAGCCAAAGUCCAACCUGCUCCUCUGUCAACCAACCAUCUUCAGACGAUCCUCUCUACUCAACAGUAUGCAAGCCCCGGGAGCAAUGAGGAAAUAUCAGUCAGAAAGUUAUUAACAAAACAAAAGUCAUUCAUUUUUUUUAUGUUGUCUAAAACGACAUCCAGCUUAGACUUCAAGAAGUACAUCAAGACAGUUUGUUAGGCCCUGAGCACCGAGACACAGUGUAUUCUCUCUUAACCCCCAUUUAUUAAAUUUAACUAGGUACAGUAAGUAAUCAAACCAAACAAAGACAAACGACGAGGUUCCGUUUUUCACAGUUGACUUUUCUGGUUUGUGUUGGGGACUUAUCAUGUUGUUUUAGUUCAGAAUAAUACAGUAGUCUCCUGUGGCUCGCACUAGCCAUGGUUCAGAAACUUGAAAAAAUAAGUCAGGAGAAAGGUUAAGGUUAUGAAGAAAUAUUUAUAUUCUGCUGCGGCUAACUCCUAAAGUAAUAAACUAAAAAUCCUCCAGUCCACAGGCAGUGGUACAUAGGUCCUAGCCUCAAAAAACAGCACUGGUUGGGUUGUAAAAAUAUUCAAAGAUAAAAAGAAAAUUUGUGAGCAGCAGUACAGACAUUUUAAGAAAAUAAAAGAAGGCAAAGUGUUUGUGCUGCUCAAAAGCAUGAGUGAUGCUGUUGCAGCAUAAAGGCAUGCCCAAGCACCUGUUGUUCAGGGUGUGAACAAGAUAAAUCAAGUUCAACUUUUGGAAAGCAGCAUUUUGCACCACGUUAUGUGACAAAGAUUUUAAAAAUCACACUUGGUAAAUAUAUAUUUAUAUUCCCUUUUUUCUGUAAACAUCAGUCUAUGACAAAUAUGGGGAAGUUGAUUAUUUUAGUGCACGGCUACCCAGUAGUUCAAUAAAAUCAGUAAAAAAAUGUGUUAAAUUUACCACAUAGUUUUAGUUCAAUUAGUGGCCCCUUAUAGUUUUUAAAAUCUUACCUGAAAUCCAAGUGAAGAGUGCAGCACGUCCGAAUCCAAACCCUGUGACGGCUCCUCGGCCCACUGACGCUCCUCUCACACUGAGUUUGACCAUGAAGAAGCCAACCUGUAUACUGUGAAGUAUAACUGCAAUUAAUAUCUAAUUCUAAUGUAAGUAGAUAAAAAAACAAGACCUUUCACUAAUAACAAUUUAUAAUCAUCCAUUCUGACUGAAAUAUCAGGGAUUGGCAAACCCGAAUACGUGUAGUUAAAUUUUUUUUAAAAAUGACAAAAUUAAUGAAUCUUUUAAUGGUUGAUUCAUUAGUGAUGAAUAUAUAUUAUAUAUUACAGUAAAAAGUGGAACCAGAAAACUACUGCACAGCCAUUUGUUUUAAAAACAAUGGUGAAGCAAAUUCAGUUGUUUGUUGUAAAGUUGGAUGUAAAGUUUGAAUAACUCGUAACCAUCACAAACAAAGUGAUCUAACUCACAAAUCAUUUUGUUCUGUUACUUAUUGCAUUAAAGCUUAUACAUAUUAUACAGAAAUAUAUGUAUACAUUUACAAGAAUAAACAGAAGAAAACUUAAGAAUUAAUUUUCUGUCAACUGGCUAACUGAUUAAUAAACUAAUAAUUUUAGCUAUUAUGAUAUAAACUGUUAGGUAAUUUCAUUUAUAAUUUUUUAGAUACUCUUCUUAUGUAUUUUAAGAGAAAAAAAUCUUAAUUUUUAAAGUAAGUAGUACUUAAACUGUCAGAUAAAUGUAAUGAAGUAUAAAGUACAACAUAUCCCUCUGAAAAGUAAUUAAUUAAAGUAUAAUGCUACAUGAAAACAAAAUACUCAAAGUACCUAAACACUGCACUUACUACCUACAAUACUUGAGUCAAUGUACAUAUGUAAUUACAUUCACCACUGAAAUAAGUUACCAGCUCCCAGGGGUGGAAGAUAUUAGAUAUUAGAUAAUAUUUAGAUAUUUAAUUCAAGUAAAAGUACAAAUGAGAAUGUAAAAAUACUCACCAGUACACAAGUUUAAGUCCACAGCAUCCUCAACGGCCGUGAACCUACUGUUAGAAAGUCAAAUGUUAACGGCUGUAACCCGAAAAUAAAGUGAUAUAAGUCACCUUGCACUAUUUUAAAGGUUUUGUCAAUUACUUUAAAUAUCAAGUUAAUUCCACAAUGCCACGUUUUUUUUGUUUUGAGCGUAAUUUCUCAGAUUUAUGACGACAGGUGUAAGCUAACGCUAACGUCUUGAUUAAGCUAACGUUAGCUAGCGCAAAAAAACAAGACUCACCAGUGAAUUCUUCAUCAAAACACAACGAAAUAUGAAACUCCUCAGUGUUUUCACGAACCGCGGGAUACCCGAAUAUUAUAAACCCGGUCUUUUGCUGUGUAAACUCACGAAAUAUAUCAACUUUUACUCAUAACUAUAAUUGUAAGCAGCUCGUCCUCUUCCCUUAGCUCUGAGUUCUUCUCCCUCCUCCUCUGCGGUCUUCACACCUCUCCGCCCGCAGGCAGCGCCCCCUGUUGGAAAAAUGUAAUAACGUCUUCCAACUAAAAUAAAAAAAAUAAUAAUUUUCUCAUUAUUUUUUUUUUUUUUUUUUUUGUUUCUGUUUGUUUGUGUAACUGCCAAUUUAACAAAGCCAUGACAAACCUGAAGAUAUUUAACACAAGGAUCCUAAGGUGGAGGAAGUAAUCAAACAUA